UUUUACCUUUAAAUACAGUUUUCAUAGCAUAGCUUUUUAAGAAUAUUUUUAUUAGGUUACUUGUAUUUUGAGCUUGAUCUCCUACAUUUAUUUAUAGCUCCAGUGUGUUUGUCACCAUAUUAAUAAAAGCAGAGCGACGUCAGAGCAUUGAUUGUUCUGGUCUUUCCACAGAUAAAAGUUCAGAGUAAGCAGAGCUGGAAACGAAUCAGUUUACAUGCUUAUUUUAUGUAAAGUUACCAUCAAACCAAAGCUUUAUGAGGAAAUUAUGCAGCAUUGUGCAUAAAUGCAUCCAAAGGAUCGCAUUCAUCAGUGGCUUUAAUAUUUUUAUGAAAGUUGAUUUUAUGGAGGCUGCUCCUUUUACCUGAGAACUUUAACGUAAAAGCAGGACUCAGGACAUUAAACAACCUUCUGUUUGGGCCUGACUGGCUGCAGAAAAGUGAGAGAAUCAAUUCAGUUUAUUUAUAUAGAGCCAAUUCACAACACAUGUUGUCUCAAGGCUCUUCACAAAAGUCAGGUACAUACAUUCCAAUUAAUCCUGGACUAACUUUAGACAUUUCUGCUACUUUUCCUUUGGAGGACAGGAUUUGGUAGCCUGAGCCUGGUUGUAUUGUGUAUGUCGUUAUUGCUUCUAACCUCCCUUCAAAUCUGAAGCCUGACCCAUCAAAACAGAAAGCUCAUGUUGUUGUGCCUGCACCAUGGUUCUGAAUGCAACCUGUGAGAUUUCAGUCUGCAGAUGCUUUGAGUCAUAUUGGCCUUUUUAAUCUUUUGUCAGACCUUUCUACAUGUAGAAAGAUCUGAAUCCUAUUUCCUAGGACUACCCGUACACUCCCCAUAUGCCAGGAGCCUGUAACCUGCAGCUCUAAAAGCGCCACCACAGCUACUCUUAGUAACUACGACCAAAGAUUAAAGAGAAAUGAACAAAUAAAUGCAACAGGCAACAUCUGACGCUGCAAUUGUAUGGAAUAUAUUCAAUCUCGCACCUUUAAGGUAGUCAGAGCAAGACCAACAGCAAAGUUGAUCUCUGUUUUCUAAAAUAACUCAAACUCAGUUUCAUACAGCCUUAAGGGCCUUUCAGACAGGACACGAUUUGCGCUGCACUGGCCGCUAGGUUCAAUGCAUUUGUGAUGCACGCCUUGGUCAAAGUUGAACAAUCUUAAACUUUGACCGCGAUGUGCGCUGGAGCUCGCAAAGCGCUGCACACCGCUCCACUUGUGCGUUGCUUGACGCAGCGAGAAACCGCCCAUGAGCAGCAUAAGCCAUUAAAAAUAAUGGGUUUCAGAGUGCAGCAGGGUCAUGAUUGUGCAGUUUAAAAGACAUCCAUUUUCUGGGUUGACAAAGAGCUCCCUGAGGGGGACUAUAAAUCCCUUUGAUCCUGGGAACACCUUGGGAUUCCCUAGGAUGAGACGCCUUGCUAAUGUAAAAAAUGGGAGACUGGAACUUCCUUGGAGGGAUCUUGGAGGAGGUGCAUAUCCACUCCACCAUGGUCGGCAAGAUUUGGCUGACCAUCCUGUUCAUCUUCCGGAUGCUGGUGCUGGGUGUGGCCGCCGAGGACGUGUGGAACGACGAACAGUCCGACUUCAUCUGCAACACGGAGCAGCCUGGCUGCCGUAACGUCUGCUACGACCAGGCCUUCCCCAUCUCCCUGAUCCGGUACUGGGUGCUCCAGGUGAUCUUUGUGUCUUCACCCUCCUUGGUGUACAUGGGCCAUGCCAUCUACCAGCUGCGUGCUCUGGAGAAGGAACGCCACUGCAAGAAGGUAGCCCUGCGCCGGGAGCUGGAGGCCGUGGAUGCAGAGAUGGUGGAAGUCAAGAGGAGGAUUGAGAAGGAAAUGAGGCAGCUGGAGCAGGGGAAGCUGAACAAAGCCCCACUGAGGGGCUCGCUGCUGUGCACAUACGUAGCUCACAUUGUUACUCGCUCAGUGGUGGAGGUGAGCUUCAUGAUGGGUCAGUACAUCCUCUAUGGACACCGCCUAAACACGCUGUAUAAGUGUGAGAGGGAGCCAUGUCCCAACAUGGUGGACUGUUUUGUCUCCAGACCUACGGAGAAAACCGUCUUCAUGAUGUUUAUGCAAGCCAUUGCCUGCAUCUCCCUCUUCCUCAGCCUGCUGGAAAUCAUGCACCUGGGCUUCAAGAAGAUCAAGAAGGGCAUCUUGAACUACUAUCCCCACUUAAAGGAUGACCUGGAUGACUAUUAUGUCAACAAGUCCAAAAAGAAUUCUGUUUUGCAUCAAGUCUGCAUUGAAACUUCAAUGGGACGCAAGAGUACGAUUCCCACUGCUCCCAGCGGAUACACAUUACUGCUGGAAAAACAGGGCAAUGGACCAAACUACCCCCUCCUCAGUGCCUCCUCUGCCUUUGUCCCAAUACAAGGGGAUCCUGGUGCAAAGUCGGACAGUCACAAGGACACCAAGGAGGCAGUGCCGAGCCCCACAGAGCAGAACAGUAACUCCAACAACACCAGCAGUGAGACGCGCUCACCUCCUGUGGACAAACAGGACGAACCGGAGGAGCUCUCCUCACCCCAUCACGAUGACCUGGAGUGUGGGAGCUCCACGUACCCCACUUUGCCUGUGGCAUCCUCCACCACCUCUUCUGGCAUUGCAAGGAAGACACGGAGGCUCAGUCCACCAUGGAACUGCUCUACGGUGGUGGAGGGGAACUGUUCGGACAGCGGAGACUCCUACCAUGGAAACAGCAGCAUAAAGCUCCGCAGCAGCUGCGCCGGCCCCAGAGCCAGGAUCAUCUCCAAGUCGGACUCAAAGAGGCCAAGCAGGUCCCAGAGCCCAGACUCCGUGGGAGAGUUGAGCUCAAUGUCUCGACAAAGCCGGGAGAGUAACAGUCCUGUCACCUCCUCCCCCAACCGAAGAGUGUCAGCGGCAAGCAGCGCGAGCAGCAGACGAGCCCCGACAGACUUACAGAUUUAGAACAGACUCUUUGUAGAUCUGUACAGAAAUCCUGAUCCAGUCCUUUCUUUAGAUUGUUCUUCCAAGCAGCCAUAAGCUCCUACAAUCUUUAAAGUGGUCUUUUUCAAUUGUUUCCAGGUUUUCUGAAAAUCUUUCAAAGCUUGGGUUUGUACUUUGGCUGCCUUUUCUGUCGGUUUCAGUCCAAUACAUGAACUUUUUUAGAUGAAUGUCCUUUUGCUUGUUAAGGUACCUCCUUUUGAAUUAUUCAGCUCAUAACUGGGAUAGAUAACUUAGAUAAUGUAGGGUGUUUUCCCACCAGAGGUCUUAAGUCAGUUUAAAAGUAACUGGUUCAUUUUCCCCCUUGGCACGGUCUGUUUGGGGGGCUGACCAAACCAACCAUACCGAUACUGUUUGGAGGAGGUGGUCACAGGUGGUACGGUACCAAACUCUAGAGUGGUUUGUUUAUGGUAUGAGUGAUCUGACACAGCUACAAGGUGAACGCUGCCAGCUUGAGCCAAAUUCCUUCCCGUAGCCAGGUAUGCUUUGCAUUGUGGGAUGCCAUAAACAGAUUAAUAAGUAGCAGUGCAUCUUUUUCAUAAAGCAUAAAGCCCUAUGCAUAUUUCGUGCAACCUUCUCAAAGUCAUUCAGCAUACCGCUCAGAUAAUUUAGCAUGAAAUAGUACAGAGAAACUAAUGAUGUGAUUAUUCUCAGUUUUUUCUACCAGCUUAUAUCACAACAUUUGCUUUUGGUUCUCCAGCCCCGGACCAACAAACAGACUGAACGUUUUCGCCUGGUUUCUAGGUUUGCAUUUCCUUGUGAAAAGAAACCAAAUUACCAGAACAAGGUGGUUAAGUGAUGAGUUAGGAAACUCAUCAACUGAUUCUGACCAAAGUAAAUGAACUAUAGGUGUGAAAACGGCCUUACUCUAAAAAUGGCCAGGUACCAAAACUGUACUGAAAUUAAGUGAAAAACAGUAAAAUCCAAAGACCUUUGGAAGACAUUCAGAAAGCCACGGAGAACUAUUGUCUAAGAUGUCUUUAAAGAUUAAAGGAAAGUCUUGACAGAAAGUCUCAACAAACACAACUGGUCCUCAACCGCUUUAAAAUAGUUCAGGUUGAUAUUCCUGUCCUGAUGGCAGAGAAAGUCAUUUUUUGAAAGCAGGUUCAUGGCACAACCCAGAGACACUUUUCUAUCCCAUUUCCAGGUCAGUUUUAGGCCUUCAGAUCAACUUCAGCUGACCACAGACUGACUGUAGGGAAAUGGAAAACCAACUCCACGAUUUGGUGUUUCAGGGAGCAUCGCAGUUCUUCAGACACUUUCAGUUCAGCAGUCUGGUCUGAACUAAUCCAACAUCUGCUCCAGCCAGUUUGCCAAAGGCAACAUGGCCCCCUGCCCAGGGCACCAUUCCAUCAGAGGGCGGUACACCACAGGUUUUCACUUACACAAAUGAUAACUUCAGAUAAGUUAUCAUUAGAUUCUUAUAGCUGACUGGAUUUAUCUGAUCAGGGAUUCUUAGUCUGAGAUGAAUGAAACUUUAUGCCUUAAUGCCUUUCUGGAUUAGGGCCACCUUAGACUGAGACUGCAUGAAAACAUCAAUAUACAGAUGAUACAAACAUGGACUGAAUUAAUAAAUACUGACAACAGAUUCAUAAAAACA